GUGAAAACGCAUGGCUGUCCCUACUGAUUUGCCGUAGUCAUAUCACGGAAGUUGUUUUGAAAUUGAUAAGAAAUAGCUAGUUGGCUAGAAGGAAUAACAUUUAUUGUGAAUUAUUCCACCUGUCAAGACGAUGCAGGGCCGGCAGAUAAAACAAUGUGGCCUUUCCUCACUGACUCUUUUGGCCACAUUUCUCCAUUGUAACUGUUUGCCACACAGUACUGGUGGAAAGCCAUUUCCAGAGACCGCUAAAGAAAUUGCCAGCUAUGCAAAGGUAGCCAAGAGCAUCAUAGACUUGGCUGUGUAUGGCAAAGCCCAGAACCGCUCCUAUGAGAGACUGGCAGACUUCACAGAUACAAUAGGGAACCGUGUCAGUGGCUCUAAGAACCUGGACCUGGCUAUCAAGUAUAUGUUCAGUGCCCUGAGGAAGGAUGGGCUGGAGAACGUACAUCUAGAACCAGUGAAGAUCCCACACUGGGUCAGGGGAGAGGAGAGCGCCGUGAUGUUACAGCCCCGGAACCACACCAUGGCCAUCCUUGGACUGGGCAGCAGUGUGGCUACACCCCAAGGAGGCAUUGAAGCAGAGGUGCUGGUGGUGGAGUCUUUUGAGGAGCUGAAAAAAAGGCAGAAGGAAGCCAUUGGGAAGAUCGUGGUGUAUAACCAGCCCUUUGUCAGCUAUGGGGAGACAGUGCAGUACAGGGAGUUUGGGGCAUCCAAGGCAGCUGAAGUAGGAGCUGUGGCUACUCUCAUCCGGUCCAUCACACCCUUCUCCAUCAACAGUCCUCACACAGGCUGGCAGGACUACCAGGAGGGAGUGCAGAAGAUCCCUACCGCCUGUAUCACAGUGGAAGACGCCAUGAUGAUGGCCAGGAUGGCUAAGCGAGGCCAGAGGAUUGUGGUCCGACUCACCAUGAACGCCCAGACCUUCCCUGAUGCUGACUCCUUCAACACUGUGGCUGAGAUCAUCGGCAGCGAGCACCCAGAACAGGUCCAACACUGAAGACCGGUGUGUUAAAUUCACACCCCAAAACAUCAACCUACAAAGAGUAGCAGCUGUGAUGUGUUGAGUAGCCACUACAGAAAGCCUAGCUCAGCAUCCUCGACUCAUGUCACAUUUUAUUAUGACAUCUCAAUAUUGUGAAUUAAAGCAGUGCAAUCACAAGGUUAUAAAGGACCAGAGCCAUACACAUUACUGUGAAAACAACUGCUGCACUUAUCUGUGGAGAAGUCACUCAGCAUAUUCACAGGAAAUGAAACUGGUGGGAUUGUUGACCUCAUUUCCUGAAUCAUUUUGUCUCGAGGUCCAGGAUCUGGUUUCAGACACAGAUGACUAACAUCAAAAUGUCUCUUUAUGGUUCCCUUCAGCUCAAUUUCUUCUUGUGCCAAUAAUGCAGUCAGAGCUUGAAUAAAUAGGCCUCUGACCACUUAAUUGAGGAGCCACGAGUCAUGACACAUCAAGACUGUAAUAGAACUUAUACAUGAUCAUGGAUUGCAUGUAGAGCUUCUCUUUAGUCCCAGUGCUUUACAUUGGAUGGAAAUUGCACACUACAGCACUGCUGUAAAGUUGGGUACCACGUGGUAUGAAUGUGGGGAAAUGGAAAAGCAUUUGUUGUAGAAUAAAAAUGGAGCCCAUGAUGUGUGUCUCCAUGAUGUCUCUCCAUUGUCUCCAUGAUGCGUCUCUCCAUGAUGUCUCUCCAUUGUCUCCAUGAUGUCUCUCCAUUGUCUCCAUGAUGUCUCUCCAUUGUCUCCAUGAUGUCUCUCCAUUGUCUCCAUGAUGUGUCUCUCCAUUGUCUCCAUGAUGUGCCCUGCCUGUGUGUGUUGGGCUGUCACCCAUCAGCAGGCUGCAGAUGUCCAAUGUCAAACCGACACACUGUGCAGCUGCAUCACUACUGUGGGGGGGAAAUCGUAUUCACUGGCUGUCAGUUCCUGGGGGCCACAACAAAUAAAAUGCUUACCAAACAUAAUGUAAAUCACAUUGCUACAAAUAGAUAAGGAUGGAGAUGGAAACCUAGAUCUAAACUCAGUAUUUUAUUUCAGAGCCUAAAGCUAAUACUGGAAAGAGAAUGCAUCUGUAAUGAAUUGUAGUAAUCUGUUCAAGGUCUGUCAACUUUUAGUCUCUGUGUUUUCUUAUUUGUAUUUUUUAUUAUCAGAGGGCAAGAGAAGGAGACUGUGAAAUCUCCUGAUUUACUGUGUAGAUACUAUCUAUUUUUAACCUAUUUAUUUAACCUGAAACAUUCUUAUCUAGCUCUGUUUGUGGUUGUUUAUUUAACCUGAAACAUUCUUAUCUAGCUCUGUUUGUAGUUGUUUAUUUAACCUUAAAUGUUAUUCUCUGUUUGUGAUACAGAGAUCCUGAUUGCCUAGUCAUUUUUACCCCUGCCUACAUGUACAUAUUAGCUGUACUACGUGGUACCCCUGCACAUUGACUCAGUACUGGUACUACUUGUAUACAGCCUCCUUAUAGUUAUUUAUUGCAUUACUGUUUUCUAUUUUUAUUCACACAUCGUCUUACUUUUUACCUCUGCAUUUUGGGGAAAAAGCUUGUAAGCAUUUGAUGGCGGAUCUACACCUGUUGUAUCCGGAGCAUGUCACAAAUACACAUGUAUUUGAUUUGGCCAAAAGGCCAGGGUGUGAUUUAUUGAUUUUUGGAAGCGUGGAAUGUUGUACAAUGCUGUAGUUCCAUGUGGUGUACAAUACAUACUGCUAGUUUAUAA